AUGACGGGCAGGAGAAUUACAAUACUAGGAUCAGGCUUCGUUGCCAGCAACAUAGCUCAAGCACUGAGAGGGAGAUUCCCAGAAGCCACGGUAAACCUCGGAUCACGGCAAACGACGCCAAAGGUGGAUGUGACAGAUAUAGAGACGGUUCGCAGUGCCGUGAAAGGAUCAGAUACGGUGAUAAAUACGGUUGGACUGUUGCAAGCCUCGCCACAGGUGUUUGACAAGGUGCAGCAUGAGGGAGCGCACAACGCGGCACAGGCAGCAUCAGAGAAUGCAUCGGCGUAUAUACAAAUAUCAGCCAUUGGAUCAGAUGUUAAUUCCAGGCUGCCUUAUGCGCUCACCAAAGCGAAAGGCGAAGAAGCUGCGAGGAAGGAGUGCAAGAAUGCGACUAUUAUACGACCAUCACUGGUAUUCGGAUCGGGCGAUAGCUUCUUUAAUAGAUUCAGCACUCUGUCCAAGUACUUGCCGUUCCUGCCGGUUUUCGGCGACGGCAAGACACUGUUUCAGCCGGUUUACGUUGGAGAUGUGGCGCAAGCGGUCGCUGUAUCAGCGAGUGCAGUGGAAGAUGGCCAGAUAGGCGAGCGGGUGAAUGGGAAAACGAUAGAAGCUGGUGGGCCUGAGGUGUUCACAUAUCGACAAAUUAUGGAAUUAGUGCUUAAUUACAAUGGUCGCAGCCGCGCUAUCAUACCAAUACCGUGGCUGGUGGCGAAAAUGCAGGCGGGGAUCAUAGAGAGACUGCCGGUACCAGCGCUGUUAUCAAUCACACGUGAUCAGGUGGAGCAGCUGAAGAGCAACAAUAUAGUCACACCACAGCACGAGAGAGGUGCUGAUCAGGCCAGUUUUAGGGAGCUGCUGCAGGACUUUGCAGGUGUACAGCCUAGGAGUGUGCAUGACGUCCUCCCAACAUAUCUUUCUCCCCAAGGACAUCCAGCGAGGAUGAGAAGCGGCAAGGAGGAUGCGGAGAGGUGUAAGGAGGAGGACAAGAGGAAGAAGAGAGAGGAAUUGAAGAAUAAGAGCAGCUAUUGA